UGAGCUGUCAUCGAGUGAAGCGUCUGCGUUUCCAUUAUAUUCUGAAUUGUAACUUUUUCUUUAGUCAUUGUUUGAGUGCGGUUCAGUACUGCGAGAGACUAUUGAGACGAGCCGUUCAACUCGAAAUCGUUGUUGAAGUCGGGCGACAAGCAAUAGGUAAACAUUCUGCGAAGUUAACUUUUGCUGGAAAAAUAUUGGCAGCCAGGCAGCUGACUCAAUGAAAAGUGACAGCUGAUUUGGUGAGUACAUGGGUGGGCGAGGUAUACAUAUGUGGUUAAGUAUCAGAAGUUGGCGAUAACUGGGCAAAACAGACGCCAAUCGUUGAGUGCGCGAGAAUUGCAAUUUGGUUAGUUGUUGCCAUAACGCGCUGCAAUGCAGACCAAGGAUCGUUUGCGCCGCGAAUAUAAUUCAUACAAUGAUCUGAGCAGAGAGUUUCGCAUGUACGAUGAGCAGUCGAUGGACUCGCUGCUGGAUGAUCGUCUGCGCAUUCACAUGAAUCCCAAUGGCAGCGAUGAGCUAUCCUUGCAACGUGACGAUUUCUACGCAUCCGCCUAUCCACAGUCGCCGCAGCUGUUGCUGCGCCAGCACAACUUCAAGCUGAAGGUCUACUACUCCAAUGUGGGCAAUUGUGUGCAGUGCAACAAACGCAUACGCUUUGCGGUGGCCAGUUUGAGGUGCCGCGACUGUCCGCUGCGCUGCCACACGGACUGCUGCAGCCAGCUCACGGUUAACUGCAUACCACAGCCUCUGGUCAGCACGAAGCGCGGCCACUUGAGCGACUUUGUGCCACGUGCGGCUCCCUUGGUGCCUGCCCUGAUAGUCCACUGUGUGACAGAAAUUGAGGGGCGCGGCCUGGAGCAGGAGGGUCUGUAUCGCGUCUCCUCCACCAGGGAGAAGGUCAAGCGUUUGCGACACAAGCUGCUGCGUGGCAAGGCAACGCCACAUCUGGGCGAUAAGGACACGCACACGCUAUGCUGUUGUGUGAAGGAGUUUCUGCGCUCGCUGGAACGCCCCCUGAUACCCAUGUACCACAGACGCGACUUUGUGCUGGCUACACAACAGACCGAUCCGCUGGCUGCUGAGGAGCCAUUGUAUCUGGCCAUGGUGGAUCUGCCACAAUCACAUCGUGACACACUGGCCUUUCUCAUGCUGCACUGGCAGCGCAUUGCCCAGAGCCCAGCCGUAAAGAUGUCUAUUAAUAAUAUUGCCGUCAUAUUUGCCCCAACACUCUUCGACGAUGUCGAUCUGAAUCUGAGUAACAUUGUGCUCUGGCAGCAGGUGCUGCGCGUUUUGCUGCUCCAAUCGCCCGGCUUCUGGGCUCAAUUCCUUGAGGUGGAGCCGCUGCUGCCAGCUUGUUCGCUGGAUGAUGAAGAGUGGAAACGUGAAAAUUACCAUUCACCAAGCUGGCAAUCCGUGAAAACCUAUUUUAGAUCGAUGUCCGUUUCUCUUCAAUAGGUUAAUCUCGCUGACUGAGGCGGGCUCUAUAUGCAAGUUAGUUAACAAUCUGACAAAUUGAUGGAAUAUAGUAGCCAAUAGCCGUUAGCCUUGUAAUUUUAUAAUUUUCCAAGAGCUAGUUAAUAUAUCCAUAGACUAUUAGCUUGUUUUGGUUAAUUGUGAUUUGAGAACAAUGCGCUUAUCAUUAACCUUAUAACACCACAGCUGGUUUUACAGAAAUGAGUGUGUUUUAUAUAUGUGCAUAUAAACAGCGCCUGCAGAAAAAAAACUCGUUGAAACCUAAAGUAAACCGCACUUGGAAUAAUAAGGUGUCCAGGAAAAUGUGGAACAGUGAAUACUUGUCAAAAAUUCCUACUAAUUCUUUUUAUUUUAUACAAUGAGACUUGGCAUUUUUCGUGAAGAAAAAACUAUUUAAUUUGGGUUAUAAAUCUUGUGGCUUUUCAAUAAAAUGCUAAAGGA